AUUAAAAAGUUAUUUUUUGAAAAAAAAAAAUAAUGGUGAAAGAAUAAGCAAAAGUGGAAGUGGAAUCCUGCAAUUAGUUAAGUUUGGUCCAGUAAAACCAAACAGAGCUCAACAACAAAACCUCCAUUGAAGCAUCAAAACCUCUGCUCUCUUUCUCUCUUCUCGACUUGCCUCCAUUGCAUUGAAUAAUGGAAGACAUCGAAGAUUUAUUGGUCGGAGAUGGAGGCGUUGCUCCUGGGUUUCGAUUGCCCCUUUCUUCAGUUGGGUUAAACCCUAAGAAAAAACCCAUCAAAUCUAAAUCAUCUUUUCUUCAAGACCCUCUUCAAUCCAUUAAAAUUCCUGGAACCCAGAUAAUUUACAUCAAAACUUUUGGGUGUUCUCAUAAUCAGAGUGACAGUGAGUACAUGGCGGGUCAGCUGUCAGCCUAUGGGUAUACCUUAACCGACAAUCCUGAGGAAGCUGACUUGUGGCUGAUUAAUACGUGCACUGUUAAAUCACCUAGUCAAUCUGCCAUGGAUACUAUAAUUUCAAAAGGUAAGGGUGCGAAAAAACCUUUGGUUGUGGCAGGGUGUGUGCCACAAGGAAGCCGGAACAUAAAGGAGCUUGAAGGAGUUAGUAUAGUUGGUGUGCAACAAAUUGAUCGUGUUGUGGAAGUUGUUGAAGAGACCUUGAAAGGCCAUGAGGUGCGGCUUUUAAAUAGGAAAACAUUGCCUGCGCUUGAUCUCCCAAAGGUGAGGAAGAACAAAUUUGUUGAGAUUCUUCCUAUUAAUGUUGGCUGUUUAGGUGCUUGUACUUAUUGCAAGACAAAGCAUGCACGUGGUCAUUUAGGAAGCUAUACGGUGGACAGCCUUGUUCAGCGUGUAAAAACUGUCAUAGCUGAGGGAGUUAGGGAGAUAUGGUUAAGCAGUGAAGAUACUGGAGCAUAUGGCCGUGACAUUGGAGUUAAUCUUCCUAUUCUUUUGAAUGCGAUGAUUGUGGAGCUCCCCUCCACUGGAAGUACAAUGCUUCGUGUUGGGAUGACUAAUCCACCUUAUAUUCUUGAACACCUGAAAGAAAUAGCUGAAGUACUGUGUCAUCCUUCUGUGUACUCCUUUCUUCACGUUCCUGUUCAAUCUGGGAGCAAUGCGGUCUUAACUGCUAUGAAUCGAGAAUACACUGUAGAAGAGUUCAGAACUGUGGUGGAUACAUUGACCAAACUGGUCCCUGGGAUGCAGAUUGCAACUGAUAUUAUAUGUGGUUUUCCUGGUGAAACUGAUGAUGACUUUGCUCAGACUGUUCAGCUUAUCAAGGACUAUAAGCUUGCUCAAGUUCAUAUUUCACAAUUCUACCCUCGACCUGGUACUCCUGCUGCGAGGAUGAAGAAAGUUCCAAGUGCUAUAGUAAAGAAGCGGAGUCGUGAAUUAACUGCUGUAUUUGAAUCUUUCACUCCAUAUAACGGAAUGGAAGGGCUGAUUGAGAGAAUAUGGAUAACUGAUGUAGCUGCGGAUGGAACUCACUUGGUGGGACACACCAAAGGAUACAUACAAGUAUUGGUCAAUGCUCCAGAAAGCCUUCUGGGUGCUUCAGCUACCGUAAGGAUCACUUCUGUCGGAAGAUGGUCAGUUUUCGGUGAAGUGAUCGAGGUUCUCAGUUACAAUGCUCAAGACAGAACUUUAAAUAAGGAUGAAUUGAGCUGUAGUAGAGUUUCUUCAUGUGAUGUUGGUGGUGAACCUUGUGCGUGCUCUAAAGAUCCAGGUUCAUGCUGUAGUGCAGUGCAGUGUGUUGAUACUUCAGAAGCGGCUGCUGUUCCCGUCAAUGGCAAGCAGGGAUCAGGUGAUCAAAAUUUUGACGGACUGAGGAAGCGAAACAGCGUUAUACUUGAGAGCUCCAAGAAUACAGUUUUUCAGGAACCUACUCUAAAGGAAGAGUCUAGCAAGGCAAGAGCGAGCACGGUGCAGUGGAAUAUUGUUGAUAAAUCUCUUGUUGCCGGUAUUUUUCUAUGUUUUUUAAUCGCUGUAGCUUGUCUUUCUCAACUUUGGUUAAGAAAGGUGAUGUCUAGUUAACACAUUUUAUUUAUUUUGCGAACUAAAGUGGCUGUCACAGGACAUAGUGACCCGAAUUUUGCUACAUUGUAUUGGGAACUCAUUUAAUCAUUUUUCUGGCAUUUGAUGUUAUAAAAUUUACCACACUCAGAUUGGAUAUUGGCA